AGCAGGUGGGUCAGCAUCAGCCCCAGAAGUGCCACAUGCACACUCGGAGCAGAGCCAUCACAGGGAUGUGUCCCCAGCCCUGCAGGCUGGCCUCAUGCUGUCCCCUCUGCAGCACCUAGAGUGAGCUCUCCAGUGGCAUCCAGCUGCUGGCCAGCUGCUCUCCUGCCCUGGCCUGUGGCCAUCCUUGACCCCUCUGUCCACUGAAUACUUCACCAGCUGCACUGAGGCCCGGCUCCCCAAGCUGGGCAGUUGGCCCCCAGCGUGGCUGUGGCCAAGGGGCUUGGCUGCCUUGUGCCCCUCGCAGCUGCCCUCACACUCAGCAGAGCCCAGACAGGGGUUCAGAUCCCAGGGAGAAGCUGCCCAUUUCCUGAGAGCCCCCAGCUCUUUGAGGGGCCAGUGACAGCCUCCUUCCCUCGCAGUCCUGGCAGCUACUGAGUGGGAGGAGAGGACUGAGGGUGAGGGUGACAGGUCAGAGCAGGGAUGGAGAGCUUGGGAUUCCCUGGGAAUGGAGUGGGUCCCAUGGCAUGAGGGGAAGCUGGGGAUGGGGCUCCAGAUGCCUGCAUCUGCCUGGGGGAACACUGGGAGAAGAGUGUCAGGCAACUGACCCUGCACGGGCCGAUCCCCUUCCUCGGCACCCCAGAUGAGGGCUGGCAGGGAAUGCCGGGGAUGCCAGGCUGGGUGGGGAGCCCAGGCCCUUGGCAGGCAGCCACCAUCCUGUCCCUGCCCAUCCCCUCCGGACGCCCCAGGAGGGGGGCAGCCGUCCCAGCCCUGGGGCCGCGCUGAGAUCAUUGGGUGUCUCCCUGGCAGAGGCUCCUGCCACCCGGCUGGAGGCUCCGCCGGCUCCACCAGAAAGAGCAACCAGUGGCUCCAGCCCUGCAGCCACUGGAGUGCUGGGGAUGACUUCCAGAUGUGGCCACUCGCCCGCAGAAGGUGGCUGCUGCAGCCUGGGAAGCAUCAGACAGCUCUGCCAGGACUUUUGCUGGGGAGCUGAAGCCCAGCGCGAUCCACAGCAGGGAGGGUCCCUCCGAGCUGCCCUGCACUGCACUCCAGUCCCUGCUCUGCGUGCCUGCAGGCGGCUCCUAAAGGGGAGGCUUUGGGCUGUGCUCUGCCCCGGCCAGGCGUGAAAGGUCCUGUGUAGGAAUGCCGCAGAGCCGCGGGCUGAAGUCACCCACAGUGGGGGGGACACGGGCCCCUGGGCGGGAGCUGCUCCAGGAAGGGGGGCUCUGGCAGAGGCAAGCAGGCGCCAGGCUGCCCAGUGCAGGAGGAAGGCACUGGGGCCAAGGACUGGCAGGGUCGGCCAAGUGUCUGCCCUCUCCCCACCUCCUCGGCCUCGUGCCUGGGGGUAGGUUGUGCCAUCACCCUUCCCUCCUUGGCCACGGGCAGGAGCUGGGCUGUGGGGCAGGUGCCCGGGUGAAGCAGAAACUGCGGGUUUGGGGCCGUGGGUCCCCCCGCCGCCCCCGUUCCCGGGCGGCAGCACCCGUCCGGGGACACUGUGCUUUCCCGUCCACUCCCCCCGCUGCUGGGCUGCCUGCCCUCCACGCAGGAGACGAGGGAUUUCACAACCCAGCCCAGACAGGAUUAAAGAGAAAUACACAAGUAAACAAAUCGCGGCCUCGUAACGCUGGACGUGCUGUGCAGGGAGCGGAUCCUCCAGGCCGUCAAACUGCCCCUGUCAGAGGAAAGGAGUUGCUUCCUGUUAUUUCCAUUGAAAUCCCUGUCCCGGUCGUUAGCCGGCGGGCUUUGGCAGGAUGGCACCGCGCACGCACAUGAGCUCCGGCCGCCUCUCCCGAGGGCUCCUGCUGGUCUGCGUGCUCCUGGGGACUGGCCUUUGUCACACAGACGCCGUGAACAUGAGCUUCAUCCAGGACACUGUGACAAGACCACCCACGGCCAUGUCCAACUGGACAGACCAGCCCAUGGAGAGGAAUUACACCGACAUGACAGAGGAGUGCUGGAAAUACUUCGUCUCCCUGAUGGGGAACGUGAUGACAUCGGAGUUGUGCGAGUGGAAAGUCAUCAGCAGGCCCUACAGCGCGCUGCAGCGCUGCCUGGAGGACUGGGCCGAGAGCUUCAACUACAGCUACCCCAACGCCCUGGCGGAGCAGUACAUCUUCCAGAGCCACCACCGCUACUUCCACAACUGCACCCUGGAGCAGCCAGUGUACUUCGACCCGCCCGAAGAUGUGCUCCUGGCCAUGAUCAUCGCACCCAUCUGCCUCAUCCCCUUCCUUGUCACCCUGGUCAUCUGGCGCAGCAAGGACGGCAAGGCGCAGGCCUAGAGCUGCCCUCCCGUCCCGCCUCGGGCCACGGACCCGCGGCUGCGGGGCCGCCCGACCACCCGAACCGCCCGCUGGGCUCUCGGGGCCACCGAGCCGCGCAGCUGAGCUGGCCGGUUCCUCCCGCGCCUUCCCCCCGCCGCGGCCCGGCAUUAAACGCUUCUUCCCCCA